UUCCAGUGGAAGACGUAGGAAUAAACAUGGCGACGCUGAGCUCCUCAAAGUCCUCCAGCGGGCUGAGGGCCGAGAGAAAGCAGCAAAAACAUAGUUCUCGGUGCGUUGAGACCGGGGCGGGGGCGAUGACAGCGACCCGGUUUCUUACGCUGGAGGAGGCCGUGUGUCCGGUGUGUCGAGAGAUUUUUCUAGAGCCUGUUACAAUGCCCUGCAGACACUCUGUGUGUCUGCCUUGUUUUAAACGGACCGUAGAGUUGUCCAGCCUCUGCUGCCCGCUUUGUCGACUCAGGGUGUCCAGCUGGGCCCGGCGACACACUCGGGACCGUACCCUGGUAAACACCGAGCUCUGGGAUUUGGUCCGGCGGAGCCACCCAGAUAGGUGCAAGCGAAGAAUGGAGUCGAAGGAUGUCCAGGCCGUUGAAGACGAAAUAAUAUUCCUUGCUCCUCCUGUUCAUCUUUGUAAACCUGGAGAGCUGCGGCAAGAAUAUGAAAAACAUAUGAAAAAGUUAGUGAAUGAAAAAGAAGAGGGAGACAGAGCUUCGGAGGAGCUGAUUCAAAAAAUCUUGGAGGAUGACAGAAGGUAUCUGGAGAAAAAACGUCAACAGCAAAGAAAAGGGGAAGCUGGGGCUCUGCAGCUCUCUCAGGAGCCUGUGAAUCUGGUGUUAUCAGACUCUGAGAAUGAAGAGCCGGUGGGAGGCAGGACCAGGCACCGUUCUGCAUUUGUUAAGAGGACCAGAAAAUCACCCGAUUCCUGCAGAAGUGGGUUACAUUGCAGUGGAGUGCAGAGGAGCCAAAGCUGCACUGACACACAAGAGGAAAGCAGAGCAAAGAUCAGAUGCCCUUCGCAUGCUGCUCUUAUGGCCAAGGGUGUUGCAGCAUAUAGCUCCAACUCUGGCAUCCUUCUGUCAUCAGAAAACAGCCGUUCAUUUUCUGCACCAAACUUGACUUCUGAUAAAAGGCAGACCUGCCGUUCUCUAUUAGGCACUUCUGCUGCUUCCACAGCACCCCUGUCCAAACCAGAGAGGUCCAUCAGCCCUGAGAGCAAUGACAGCAUCUCGGAGGAGCUGAACCACUUCAAACCCAUUGUUUGCUCGCCGUGCACUCCCCCCAAAAGGCUACCAGAUGGGAGAGUGCUGGAGCCCACCAUAGUCAAAUCCACUCCCCUCAAUCUGAGCCGUAGCCUCCAGAAAUCUACUACCUACGAGGCCAGCCCAACAAUCCUGCAGAAGUGGAAGCAGAUUGAGCAGGACAGGCACAAAAAUAAGGCCGCCUCCAAAGGAACCAUUACCGUUUCUCUUAAUGAAGAUUUUGCCCCGAAGGCGAGACUGGGAGGAUUGCAUACACUUCCACCCGGUAAUGAGAACCAGAGGCGAGCGGGUUGCCCAUCUUCGGACGAGACGUUAGCGAAAGCCAGCUUCCCUGCUGCAAUGUCGCAGGCAGGCGGGUUGUCCUCUGAAAAGGGUAUGACCUCGAUUGGCAAGAAAAGAAGGUUGAUAUUUGAUCAGCCAGAAAAGGAAGACGGCAGAGUUGUGACCAGAUCAGAGACAGAACAUGUACCUUUGACUGUUAAUCCGCAGCAAGUGACCUGUGAGACUGUUGCCUGUAAAAACAAGCCAGCGGGACAAGCUGGGCGUCAGAAACCAGAAGACAUAUGUAGACCUACCUCUCAAAGAGGUAUGAAAAGGAGUCAAAAGACAAAGCACUUAGAGGAGGGCGGAAAAGCAAAGAGGCUGAGGCCCUCCAGCCGGGUGGAAAUGGGCUCCGAGUGCGAUUCAAACAGCUUUGACGGACAUUGGUCACAGCGCGAGGAGGACUGUAAACUAGCUUUAAAACUGCAGAGACAGUUUGAUUUAGAGCGGCGAAAUGUUGACCGACGGAAGGGCACCCCUGACAACUAUCUCAUACGUUCGUGGAACAAUUCUGACGUGAAACAGAUUCCACGUCGCUCUGGGAGAAUGGGGAAAAGAAAGUAGCACUUUAACUAAGAAUGGUGAAAGGGUUAGUUGCGCUUUUAUAUUAUUAUUAUUAUUAUUAUUAUUAUUAUUAUUAUUACUAUUAUUAUUAUUAUUAUUACUAUUUUUUACAUUCAGCAAACUCUUACAUUAACUCCUUGCAAAAAAAAUAAAGAAAGAAAUCUCUGGAAAUUUGAACAAUUGCAAUAUCUUGUUUUCUCAUUCACUGCAACUUAGGUUGGUGUUUGUGAGGAUAUGUAUUGGAAGAGCAGUGUGUUAAGAGAAAACAUACACAGAAGACUCUUGCCUGUAAAACAGUUAUUGGUUUGUGAAAAAUGAUGUUCUAUCUGGAGGAAUCCCAGGCACAACACUAAUUCAAUUAUGUUAAGAUUUUUUUUCUCUACUAAUGAGAUCCAUCGAGGGUAAUUUUGGGCUGAAAUUAAGAUAUAAAAUAGAUUACCUGUAAGUUAUCAUUUUAGGGUCUAAGCUGUUUGCCUGUUUUACUGUUAAGGUUACAGGUACAUGUCAUACAUGAAAUUAAUCUGCACACUAGGCUUCCACAAAAAAAAAAAAAUCUGUACGUGUACAAUGAAACUUCAACAUAGGGAACAUGCAGA